CUUCGGUGAAAGGUUAUUUACAGUGUCUCGUGUUCAGUGAUCGUUCGCGCCAGAAACUACCGCGGCAUGUGCCAGUGCGCGUUUUCCAUUUAGUAUUUCGUAGUAACAAUAACGAACUAAUUAUCGCCGCAACGAUAAGUUAAGGAUACGUUGGUUUUGAUGAUUUCGAGAUGCAGACGAUGAGUAUACCAACAAAGCACUAUUUGAAGAAAAACAGAUGCGAAUAACAAAAAAAUGAAGAAUAUUAUUUGGGUUCUUUUAAACUGUACUUUGAUAUUUCAUCUAAUCACGACUUCUUGCUGUAUUGAAAAUGAAGAAGAAUUAAAUGCUGAUCUUAAAUUUUCUAAUUCUUCUACUCAAGAAAUACUUAAUAGCCAAGACCAGCAAGGUCUCAAUGCCGAUCAAAUAAAUAGCGAAAAUGAUGAAUUUGAGGUUGAAGAAAAUAUUGACGAAGCUUCUUCAGAAAUAGUUGAAAGUCAAGUGCCAUUUCCAACGGAUAUGCCUUUAGAAAUCGAAUCUGAAAUUCCAGUUAGAAAACCAAGACGAAAACGACGUCGCCGACGGAAACGUCCGAGGACAUCAACACAUACAUAUGAAGAAGACAUAAGCCAUCCUGCACUGUAUCAGGAACCACUAGAGUCAGAUUAUGCAGAGGGAUAUAUUAGAAGACGCCCAAUGAAAAGAAGAAGACGACCAAUACAAAGAAGGCCUUUAAUUGAAGGAGGUGCAGAAGAAAAUAUUUUACCGCGGAGAAAACUUAUUCGCAGACCAGCUUAUUUUGGGGUUGGAAAUAAAACUAAUGAUGAAGAUGGUAAGCAAUGGGAACCAAUAACCUCAACAGAAGAAGGGAAAUGGAAACCAGUUAGGAUAACAGAAACCACAAAUAUUGUUUCAACAACACCGACAAGUACUGCGAUUUCAACAACGACUACUGCCCCAAAGACGACAACGAUUAAAACUACAAUGAUUUCCACACCAAAAACUACUAGCAUUACAGCAACAUUUUCAUCCCAAAAACUUAUUCAAGACAAUAGUAAUAUUAAUCAUCGAGAUCUUGGAACUGUUGAGCCAUCAAAAAAAUCAAAUUCAUCACGUGCCGACAUGGUUGUAUUACAUAAAAGACCAAUAAAUAGUAAUUUACCACCAACAUCUGCGGUGAUAAGACGACGUUUAAAACCACAAAAUAUAACUUCCGAAGAAACAACAACUCUAAAGCCAAAUGUUGUAGUGAUAAAAGAAGAAUUACCUUCUUCGUUACUUCCACCAGGUUUUAAAAUAACAGAAAUCGCACCUACAACAGAAUCAAUAAAUAGCACUGAAGAUUAUCAAUUUAAUGAUGAAGCACUAACAAAAAUAAUGAGAGAACCCUCAAAUAAUACAAAUAAUGAAUUUAAAUUCAAAUCAGACAGCAUACCAAAAGUCAAAGACGAAAUAUUAAGUUUAUUAAAGACUAAAACUGGAUCUUUAUUAUUAUCUAAUGUAUUGAAUAUAAGAAAUAUGUCUUUAGAAGAACUUCUUCAACAUAGAGAACGAGGAUCAAGUCAAAGGCAUCAAGAAUUGAUGGACAUAAAAGAAGAAUCAAUAAACUUAAGUUCCGAUGAGCCAAUGAUUACAGAAAAUAUUAAAAAUUUUACAAACUAUUUAAUUGAAACAAAACUUUUAGCACAAAAGAACAAAGAUACCCAAAAAACAGAAGAAAUAAACAAUUCAAAAUUAUUUUUAGAUAAUACCAAAAAUGUUAUAACUCAAACAUCAACCCAAUCAACAAAUAUAAAUCAAGAAAAACAAGAUAAUCAAGAAAAAUACAAACAUUUGUCAGAACUUAAACACGAGAUUGAUAUUGAUGACAUUAAAUCAAAGACACCAAUUCAAAUUUUAAAAGAAGAAAAUUAUAACUCAGAAGAGGUAAAUACUCUUAAAUCACCAAAAAAAAUUGACCAUCUGAAUAAUGCAAAUAUAGAAAAAGUCAAGCAAGAAGAAGAAAUAGGUAAAAUUAAAUUAGAUACAAUAUUCGAAGAAAAAAGAGUAUUUAGUUUUCCGACAACGACUACUUACACAACAGCAGAUAUAAACAAUAAAGAAAAUGAAGCAACUGUAUUUGUUUCAAAAGCCCCAAAAAGUCGAAUAGUUCUAGAAACUUCUGAAAGAGAACCACGUCUUUUUGAAAGUAUGCCUGAUUUCACAAUAAAAACUACCCCAAAAUCAAUUAUAACACCAACUAUUCCAUCACAAAUAUUAUUCAUUCAAGACACAAAUCAUUUAGACAAAUAUCAGAAUUAUGUAGAGCAAAAUAAAGAUAUUGAUGAAGAUAAUAAUUUAGUAUACCGUCGUUUUGAGAUGAGAAAAUUACCAGUAGCCGUAAAAUCAGCCAUCAUAGCCAGCGCUGCUAUAUUGGCAAUAGCAAUUCUAGGAUUUUUUGUAUUGCUUAUUUCAUGCAGAAUAAGGCAAAAGAAACAAAUUUUAAGAAAAAAAUCAGUAUUCUGCCAACAUAAUUUACCUCAUGAUCCAGAUCUACGGUCUAGCGCUCGAAGUACAAGUCCUGUAAUGGACAAACACUGUCAAGAACAAUAUUAUGAUGGAUAUGGAGGACGUAUUGAUGCUCACACAAAUGCUAACCGUCAAUAUUAUUUGUGGAGGACACUAAGGAAAACAUUUCGUUAUGACUGACAGUAUGUAAAGAACAUUGUUUUAAUUUUAAACAAAAUUUAAAUUAUUUUUUAUAUUGUUAAACUUAAAAUACUACUAAAAUAAAU